AACUACAGUAUGACAAACUAUGGUAUAUUCUGUUUCGCAUGGAUUUCUUUGUUUACGGAUAUGACGUAUACAUUUUAUACAUUUGCAAAGUUUGACUUGUCUCACUCCUAUUGAAUUCGUGUUUGUUGGUAGCACUCUUUUCAAUUAAUGAAUUUGAUUUGCUUUAUAAGUGUUCGUCCUGACAGUUUGUGGAUUUGGCCCGCACUUCAUGGAAAUUUCCGUCAGGUUUCCAUGAAACCUGAUCCUCCUCCCCCAGAGUGUUCUGUUAUUAUUCAAAAGGACCUGUCUCUUUGAAAACAUUGCCUUCUUCCGCACCAGAAAGACUAUUUCGCAUCAGGAAGCCUCCAGACUAUUCUAAAAAGUUAUUUUCAAAUGAGUUUGAUGUUAGUUUCCGGAAUAGUGUUUCCGUGUAUAACAAACAGUUAAUAUACUGCGGUAGGGUAAUGUGACAUGGGUCACUCAAAAUACAGUGCAAAGCUAUGCCUAUUCGCAGAUAUGUGUGGUAUAGUCUCGGUGUUUUGUAGCCUACGCCACCUAAACGUUGCGCAGGCCUAGACCCAGUUUAGCAGUUCACAAAUUUUAAGUAUAUAAGCACAGAGUUCAUUGUCCCCCUAAAUAACCGCUCCUCCUAGUCCACAACCACAUUUUUGUGUUCAAGUUUGGAAUUCAAGUAAGAUCUGUCCAGAUUAUUCAUUGUAAAGGCAUACAUCAAAAUAAAUGGCCAUAGACGCUAAAACAUAAUAGAGCAUAAUAUGUACGUAUAUGUCGUGAGCAUAAUAGUGUCUACUGCACGUAGUUGCAGGUAGUUGUUUUGUCAAUGCUACAGCCAAUGGGCGGCGAUAUGGAGCAGUCAAAAAUAAAUCCUUUGGCAAACCCAGACAGGGGCAGUACUUCCCGUUUCAGGAUGGCGGUUGAUUUGACUCCCAGAUUCAGAAGAUUGAACAGUCAAACCAGGAGUUUUCGCUUAAAUGGUCGAUCGCUUGGUUCUUCGGGCCCUUUUCGGGCCACGCAGUUGUGGCGUAAUAUCAUCCAGGCUCUUCAGACUCAGGUGGAGGUUCGUCGUCGACGGCAGCACCUGCGCGUCCAUAACGACUGCUUCACCGGCGCAGACGCAGUGGAUGUGGUUCUGAGCCAUCUCAUGCAGAACAUUCUGUUUUGCUCCAGCGAGGUGUCUCGCCUCAAAGCCGCCCGUCUGUGUCAAGCUUUGAUGGAGUCUAGGGUUUUUCAACCGGUGGGAACGAAGCUAUUCCGACGGGAGAAGGAAACCGCGUUUGAGGACAGUAGCCACAGUCUGUACAGAUUUGUGGAUUGUAACGCAUUGCCUGGCUCUGAAAAACGUGGCACUGACUCCGAGAACUGGAGCCCAGGUCCACACCAGGGCAAAAAGAAGAAAGGAUCCAGGUUGGAGGGGUUGAGGACCAUAUCCAACCCUCUGGCCAUGGGUUCCUCCGACCGCAGGGUGGAGAGACUGCUGCAGACCAUCAACCUCCACCCCACCAUGCCCUCCUCCCACAAACACGCCCCAUCCACGACCUUCCUGUCCAAGAAACUGGUGGAGGAGGUGUGGAAGCAACAGACACUGCUUCAGCUGCUCCAGAUCGUUGACCUACCCGUCCUCGAGUCCAUCCUCGCCUCCCCCAUCAGAACCGAGCCGCCACACACGGCCACCCUGCGUAACCAUAACGACUUGGUCAUCUCCAACACCUGUGUGGAGAGGGAGGUGUCACAGAGCCUCAACUUACCUGAUUUAGACUGUUGGCUGGCUGCUGCAGCAGACUGCCUUGAGCUGUUCCCAGAUCAGCUGAUCGUGGUGGUGGGGGAGCAGCUGGUUCAGCAGGAAAGCCGCACUUCUGAUGGAGAAGAGAGACUGGCCAAUCAGAAGAGACUGCUGUUUGACACCAUUUCUAAAUACUACAACUGUCAGGAGGGGCAACCUCUGCUCUGUGGCCGCUACCUCGACAUCCACAUCGGAAUUUUGCAACUACUGGACUCUGGGAGGAUGGAGGAGGCUCUGCGGGCCAGUCAGCUGUGCAUGCGUCUGCUGGCCUCCAGCCGCAGGGACGAGCUGCGCAGACUCCUGGCCUUCAUGGCUGCAGCCGCAGACCCCACCGCCUGCCGCCUGCAGAAACAGGCAGAGAACGGGCCGCUGGUCUGUAAGACGUUCCUGAAGACUGUUCUCCAGAGCAAAGACAUGACACGUGCUCAGAGUGAACAUCUGCAGCUCUUCCUCAUGGACAACCACACCCAGCUCUUUAAGACGCCCAUGACCCUGGUUGAAUCUGUGAGAAGGACACUGCAAGGCCUGCAGCAAGGAACGGAUCCAGUCAACGUACCUAUGUUCAGGUUCUGCCAGCAGGUGUCCCGGCAGGAGUAUGAGAGCCAGCGAGAGCAGGCCACCCUGGAGGGCCUCAAGCAGCUCAUCAUUCACAUCUCUAACAGCAGCACCCUGUCCGCUAAAGACAAGAAGCGCCUGGUCAAGGACUUCCAGAAGCAUCACCCUGGAGCGUUUCUGCAACACUUCUCCGCCACCUUCUAGUCCGCGGGUAAAUAGUAACUUUAAGUCCCCUUAAAGGGAUGACUUGAAUUGGAUCAUACCUCAGUGGGGUAGCAGGUACUUCUCAUAGACACACACUUGAUUGGUGCAAAACAAGGCUGUGUACUCUCAAAUGACACUCGCCUCAGCAUCAGCUGGCAUUGGCUUUGCUUUGAUGCACGGCUGUCAAACUGCCAGAAUGCAUUCUCUUUAGGCCUACACAGUGCAGGUAGAUUCUGUUGCUAUCUGUAUUUUAUACUGUAUUUUAAAUCCAUAAUGUGACCUACAAACUGCUAGCUUAUAUGUACAGCUGAUUAUUCUGACGUUCCAAGUUAAAACUGGUGUGCAAGUUCAGAAAGCAGUCCUGGGCAUUGUUGGUAUGUUUAGUCCUGUAAAUAUAUUGGGACGCAGCUUUAAAGCGAUUAAAGUUUUAAAAAAAAGAAUAAUUUAAAAAUGGUUUUACUCACUCAGGUGGAGUCAUGUUGGGACUUCUAUAGUUCUUCUGCUGUACUAGAGAUUGUUAUUCCUUUAGUGAUAAUUAAUCUUAAUUAUUUUUGAAACAAUAUAAAGAAAGUACUUUAUGAACAUUUAAGUUUGAGACUUAAUAAAGGUGUUGUGUAAGUAGUAAAUGUAAGAAUAGUAAUAAAUGUAGCACUAAAAUGAAGUGACUAAGGGACUUCUGGGAUAGAAAAGGGAAAUCUGUAGUUGUAGUUGUCGAAAAGUGAAAAUUGUGCUUGAUUAUUUUAAAACAUAUCAUCUCGAGAAAAACGUCAGGUAAAUCUGCUUACUAUCUAUUUGUUAGUAACUUAUCAGCUCUUAAAGCAACACUGUAACAAUUUGACACUUUUUGAGGUAUGGUUUUAUAGGCAACUAGUUUUGGUAGCAUCCUGAAAUUCAUUUCGAUGGCAUAUGGUCAUGUGAAGGACAGAUAAACACCUGUGUCUUUCCCACUAGCCAUCCAGGAUAUGCAC